AUCGAUGGCAAUAAUGAUGAUUAUAAGAAAGACGAAUGUUAUUCGAUAUGUGUGCGAGCACUACACGUGACAAAGUGCGAAAUUUCAAGCAAAAUCUAUAAAAAUAAAUUAAAUAAAUUAUGCUCGUUAAGUUCUUAACAAAAUUUGACGUUUCCAAAUUUUAAGCACGUAAUCUUUGCAUAAAUUCGCGCUGCAUAGUUUCGGCAUUCAACCUUUUAUACUUUUUGCGAGAUUUGAAGGCGUAUAAAUAUUGCCGCAGCGUGGAGAGGAGAACAAGAACAGCAGCCGCAAUAGCAACAGUGCAGUUAAAACGCGCAUACCAAGUAACGCCACUGAAUAGCCAUGCAAAACAAUCCCAGUCCACAGCUGCCCUGCAAGGGCAUUUUAAAGACUUCCAGCAGUUUCGAUAAGUCCGGCGCCAGUUUUCGCAAAAGCGCCAAAUUCGAUGAACUGAACGUUUUACAGACGUUUCAUCCGGCUGACAAGGAUUACGGACACAUGAAAAUCGAUGAGCCGAAAACGCCAUAUAACUAUUCGGAGCAAUACGGUGAGAACAGAGACGAGCUGGACACGGAAUUAUUAGUGGAAAAGUUACGUAUAGCGGCUACCUCCCAACAGUCUUCCCAAAGCGUAGAUGAAGGUUCUUCCGGCGAUGACACGCCCGUAAGCGAAGAGGAACGACAAAGACGUCGUGAGUUCGAGCGACGCCGUAAAGCACAUUACCGGGAAUUUGAGGCCGUGAAAUUGGCUCGCAAGCUCAUACAGGAAGAGGAUGACGAUGAUGGUGAUGACGCGGCAGGCGCCAGCACCAGUGGUUGUGCGACCAGGAGUGUGGCGCAAGAUGCUGCUGCAGCUGUGGCCGCCGCUACCGGCACUGCAACAACUGCAACCGCCUGCUUUGCCAGCAGUUCAAGCCAAAAAACGACAAAAAAAUCAACAAGUAGCACCGGCAGCAAUAUGGAUGUUGAACAAUCUCAUAACUAAGAGCCAUGUCAGGGAGACAUUAACAAUAAUAGGCAUAUGAGAAAGGCGCUCAGGCUGGCAGUGAUGUUGUGAAUUGUAACAAAUGUGUUGAAGAUGAUAAUGAUAAUUGAUUUCGAGUGGAAAUUAGUGGCUGCCGUUCCAAAACUGUUCUUAAUUGUUAACGCCAGCAUAUACAUAACUAAAGUAAUAAUAAAAUAACUGAAAUUCUA